AAUUCACACAUUAAUAAGGUUUGUAGCUCUAAACAUUAGGAAACUCAACCAUGGUUAAGCUCAUAACCCAACUCUAAAACGUUGCAUAAGUAAACCACGGUUGGUUUUUUUAAAAAGAGUCUUCUUCUUCAUACAAAACUUACCCAACUCCCCUCUCUCUCUUUCUUCUUCUCCAAACUCUUGGUUUCAUAUACCGUUUGGUUCUGCUGAAGUUUUGUUUAAGAUGAAUACAACUGAUGUAGUAGGAUGGGAAGAUGAAGAUACUAGAUCCAUGGUCAGCGCCGUGUUAGGAAACUCAGCUUCUGAGUUUCUUACAGCAAACUCAAACUCAAAUCAGAAUCUGUUUCUCGUCAUGGGAACCGACGAUGGUCUCAACGAGAAGCUCUCUCGCCUCGUGGACUGUCCAAACGCCGAGACUUUCAGCUGGAACUACGCCGUGUUCUGGCAGCAGACCGUGUCUAGAUCCGGACAACAAGUCUUGGCUUGGGGAGACGGGUGUUGCCGCGAGCCCAAGGAAGAGGAAUCAACCGUUUGUUAUAACCUAGAGGAAGAGAUGAGGUGGCAGUACAUGAGGAAGAGAGUGCUUCAGAAGCUACACAGGAUGUUCGGUGGAUCCGAUGAAGAUGACUACGCUUUGAGCUUAGAGAACGUUACGGCUACUGAGAUGUUCUUCUUGGCUUCGAUGUAUUUCUUCUUUAACCACGGUGAAGGAGGUCCGGGAAGGUGCUUUGCUUCGGGGAGACACGUGUGGUUGUCGGAUGCGGUUGGCUCUGAUUAUUGUUUUAGGUCUUUUAUGGUUAAAUCAGCUGGGAUAAGGACUGUUGUUAUGGUUCCUACUGAUGCUGGUGUUCUUGAGCUUGGUUCGGUUUGGCCUUUGCCUGAGAAUGUAGAGUUGGUUAGGUCUGUUCAAGCUUUGUUCAUGAGGAGAGUUAAGCCACCAAACAUGAGCGGAGGAAAGAUUCACAAGCUUUUCGGACAAGAACUGAAUAGCUCGGACAAGGUAGCUCAUCAAGUGCAAGAGAAUGUGAAUGUGGUUGUUGUAGAGGAUACUAAUCACAAGGUGAUGAAGACUUCUUGUAAUGAGAAAAGACCAGCGAGUUUAUUACCAGGAGUGGCUGUUGUGGAGGAGAAGAGACCGAGGAAGCGAGGGAGGAAGCCUGCUAACGGGAGAGAAGAGGCGUUGAACCAUGUGGAAGCUGAGAGGCAGAGACGUGAGAAGCUUAACCAGAGAUUCUACGCUUUACGAGCUGUUGUUCCAAACAUAUCUAAAAUGGACAAAGCUUCUUUACUUGGAGACGCCAUCUCUUACAUCAAAGAGCUUCAAGAGAGAGUAAAGAUCAUUGAAGCUGAAGGAGUAAUGACCAUUGGGACAGAAGAAAGUCAAGAAGUUGUUGACAUUCAAGCUGGGGAAGAGGAGGUUGUUGUGAGAGUAGUCUCACCGUUGGAGUCACAUCCAGCAUCAAGAAUCAUACAAGCAAUGAGAAACUCAGAGGUUGUUAGUGUUGUGGAGUCUAAGCUUUCAUUAGCUGAAGAGACACUGUUUCACACUUUUGUAGUAAAGAAUAACAACGGAUCGGAUCCAAUGACGAAAGAGAAGCUUAUAGCAGCGGCUUACCCGCAAACCGGCUUGACGCAGCAGCUAUUACUACCAUCUUCUACUUCACAGGUCUCUGGUGAUAUCUAGCUUUCAAGCUUCUUAUCUUGUUCAGUAUAGGAAGACUUUGAGGUUCAACUUAGAAAUAGAUAAAUCCUUUUUUUUUUCUCUUACUUAGAGUAAAAGUAAUCAAAUUAUAGUAUAUUUGCUAACCUUAUCAUCUGUUAGACUGAAAGUAAUACAGUCUUCGAGUGACAGUCUAUUUAAUAAGUUAAGUCGCAUAUUUGUAUCUUGAGAAUAUAAUUUUUUUUCAAAUCAAAUAAAUAAAUAUGAAAGAUAUUUUGACA